CUGGGCGGAGAUUUCUCUCUCCCCAGAAUUGUUUUUAUCAAGCCUGCGUCAUUCCGAAUGUUACUCUGUUUGUUGUGAUAAAAGUGUUUUUCGUUAUAGGUCCCUAUCCUAACACCAGACGUAACUUCAGUUGUCUAACUGAGGGAGUUUGUCAUGGAUAUUUUUGCGAUAAAGGAGAGCUUUAUUUUUGCUCGACUCUUCAACUCCAUUGAACUUUUACAUUCAGCUAUCAUCUGCCGUUUGGGAUAACGUUGAGGAAUUUAAACACAGCGAGUAUGCUGCUCAUCCUCAGGGAAAGCAGUAAGUCCUUCACGUCAAGCUCGUCAGACGGGGGAAAAAAAAGGGGAAAAAAAGUUUCUGCCAGUUCCUGGCAUCACCACACAGAGAAGAGGUGGGACGAGGAACACUGCUGGUGUUAACCUGGAUAUUAUCCAUCAACAACAGAGCUGCUGAUGUCAUAUAAAAAGCAAUAAACUUCAGAGAAGGGAAAAAAAAGUACAAAUUGGAUGGUCAUCGUUGUGGCUGGUCACUGAGAUUCUGAGGUAUGGCUUCUAGCCUAACAAGUGCUGGCGUGGUGUGGGCCCUACUCUCCUUCCUGUGUGCGGCGGCCUCUUGCGUGGGUUUCUUCAUGCCCUACUGGCUCCUGGGGUCCCAGAUGGGUAAACCAGUCUCCUUCGGGACCUUCCGGAGGUGCUCGUACCCGGUGCGUGAUGAAGCUCGCCAGGCCACGGUGAUGCUGGAGCAGUGUGGCCGCUACGCCUCGUUCCAGGGCAUCCCUAGUCUGGAAUGGAGGAUUUGUACGGUGAUAAUCGGGUUGGGCUGUGGCCUGUUGCUCCUGGUGGCACUCACGGCCCUCAUGGGAUUCUGUUUGUCUGAUCUCAUCUCCAGGACCAUUGGACGCGUGGCUGGGGGCAUCCAGUUUUUUGGGGCGUUGCUGAUUGGGUCGGGGUGUGCGCUCUACCCUCUAGGUUGGGACAGUGACGAAGUUCGACAGACCUGCAGCAAUAGAUCCAACCAGUUUGAGCUUGGUUCUUGUGAGAUUGGCUGGGCGUUCUACUGUACCGGAGCAGGGGCAUCAGCAGCCAUGAUGUUAUGCACCUGGAUGGCCUGCUUCGCUGGGAAGAGACAGAAGCAGUACCCCUACUGAUGUCAUCAAGGCGGGACAGCCACAGAGACCAUGAUGUUAUGCACCUGGAUGGCCUGCUUCGCUGGGAAGAGACAGAAGCAGUACCCCUACUGAUGUCAUCAAGGCGGGACAGCCACAGAGACCAUGAUGACCACCUCCCCCAACACCCGUCAUCACUGGCAAUUGAAGAGACUCAGAGCAAAGGAUAAUAUCAGGGGGACAGUGUCUAUGGGCGCGUUCGACAUUGCAGUUGACUUUAAAGGCGAGUCGAGACUGAUCUACAAAUCACCAUCAUAAAUGACUACUCAAUAUUAUUUGUAGAUCAGUCAGUCACUAUUUACCCAUGGAACAUCACAAUUUUGAUGCUCUUGAACACGGCCUGUAUGCCAUAGGCUAGUUAUGCACUCUGUCAUCAUAAUUGAAGCAGAGCGGACUACCUUGUGGUGCAUUUGGUACUGAGGCAGAAAAUAAUAUAACACAACACAAUACAUUCGCAAUUACACUCCAUUGUCCAACAGAGCAUUUCAAAAGAGUGGAGUCGACAUACUUUGUAUUCAUUGACAGCAAGAACAACCAACAUCUGUUUCUGUCUCUAUUUUCCUUGGGUUGUAUGGUUGCUUCUCUAUUCCUCCUCCUAUUCUAUUCUGUCAUGUCCCUGUACUAUAACUUUGUGGUAACUGGCACAACCAGUGGUAAAGAUAUAUUAAAUUACUGUACUUUUGAUAUUACUUAUUGUAUUUUACAUCCUGUAUUUAAUAAAUAUGUUAUGUACCCCCACCUUGGCCUAGUAUUGCCUUAAAGACCUGUAAAAAGCAAAUUCUCAUGGCGUCGAUAUGAGUCCGAAACAUUUAUUGUAGCGUCAAAAUGUACUACCAAGUGUAAAUUGUAUAAUGUUGGUCAUAAAGUCAGUCUUGUCCAAAAGGGAGAUUUGCAAGAUUAUAGGAAAGCUUGUAUGUCACAUAAUGAAGGGUAACGUAAGAGUUUUCCUUGGGUUGGGUUUAUUUAAAUCCUGCCCACAGCUGGCAGCACCCAAGUAAUCAUCAAUUUGGAGCGCAGCUGCACGCAACCUGAUGCAAUGUUCAAUUUGGUUUGGCAUUCAAUAUCCCUCUGGGGCUGGUUAGGGACCAUCAGCAAAUUACACAAUGUACCUGGGACUAUAUUUUAAAAGGUCCAAAUUUCAAUGACUUAAAAAUCUCAAACCAACUAUAAAUUGGAGAAAUUCAUAUACAAAUAUUGAAAGCUAAAAGAUGUGCAACAUGACAAUAUUGAACCAUACAUUGUGUCGUUUAUUUGUCCCUAACUAGAGCCAGAGAUAGGCUGUCCAAUGUCAAACCAUGUCAAACAAACUUUGUCACUGUGUUACACCAGUGAGCUGUAGCUAAUUGGUGAAAUAAGUUUGCUUGCACUAGCUAGCCUAGACUUCAAGACUCGGAGACCUGGUUCGACUGUUUCAAGUUAUCUGGAAGGUUGAGUGACUGUGUACUGUUGUGGCAGAGUGAUUAUACACACAUGAGACACCCACAUUAAACCACCACUCCAAAACAACUCUUGUUUUGGCUUCAGUCAUGACUGCUGCAUUUCUUAAUGUCCAAACCGAAUAACGAGGCCAAAAGUUCAGCACCCCUUUAAAUAUAUAAACCCUUACUGGUAUCUUGCAAUCAUUUUGAACUGUUAUCAUGUCAGUAACUAUUUACAGUAUAGCUAUAAAACAGGGAAUGUUGAAGUCCCUGAAUGUAUGUCUGUCAUAUGUUUGUGUUUUUGUGUGUGUAUGAUGUACAGUAUAUUGCAUUAUAUAACAUUACAUUUGAAUGAAACACAAUAGAUUUGACCCUGUAAAUGAAUUGUUACUUUAAAUAGUCUUAAUAAAUAUUCACAAACCUUUCAGAAGUGGAGAAGUUCUAAAGCUGG